ACUAGUAAGUGUACAGGCCCACGCUUUGAAUGAUUUCAAGACAUCUGCAUCCACAGGACAUCACUAGUGUCUCACAAUGAGAAUUGUUAUGAAGAUGAGAUCAUCGCAUGUAUAGUUUCAUGUACAGUAAGUAAAGAGACCAGUAGAGGGAGGUGUGUGUUGUAGCAGGGGUGAUUCAUUUUGUGUGAUACCACCUACGUGCAGUGUAGUCAAAGCAUAUGACUAAAAGAGGAAACUGAUGCGCAAACACAAAAUUAAUUUGGUCUAUAGCCAAAGGAGGCAUUUAUUAUCAAGUCAAUGUGCUGGCUGCUGGGGAAGACUAUAAGCUACUUUAAAGAUCUGCGCUCGAAUCACUCGAUGGAGGGGAUUUACCUCAGCUCUCACUUGGAGAACAUCCUGCUCACAAGCUUCUACAUUGUCAUCUUCAUCUUCUCAGUCCCGAGUAAUGCUUUGGCACUUUGGGUGUUCUGCCACCGCAACACCAACAACACCCCUUCCAAAGAGUUUCUGAAGCACCUGGCUACAGCGGACAUGUCUUACAUCUUGGUGCUCCCCAUGCGAGUGAUCUACCACAUUUCAGACAGUCACUGGCCUCUUGGUGAAGGGGUCUGUCGCGUGGCUGGUUUCCUGUUCUUCGUCAACCUCUAUUGCAGCAUGUACUUCAUGGCUUGUAUCAGUGUAGACCGUCUGUUGGCUUGUGUUGUGCCACACAAAACACAAAAUCUGAGAAAUACCAGGAAUGCCAAAGUGGUCUCCGCAGUGCUGUGGGUCAUGGUGACUAUUUCCAUGUUGCCCAUCCUGUUCUCUAAAAAAGAAGUGACUAGACGAAUACAGAAUGUGACAGUGUGUGAGAAGCUGUACAUAGAGAAGUCCUCCAAUCCCACCGCUGCGUUGGUGUCCACUGCUAUUGCAUUUGUGAUACCUCUGGUCAUCCUGAGCAUUUCUUAUAUUCUCAUAUUUGCCAAAGUAAAACAGAUGACUUUUAAAGAAAGAACGCAUUCUCAGCGUAAGGCAAUGAGAAUGAUCGUACUAACCGUGGUUAACUUCUUGAUUGCAUUCGUGCCCUAUCAUAUCCACAGAUUUGUAUUUAUCCUACAGCACGACAACAUGUCAAGGUCAGAAUCUGAAAGACAAAUGUUGCAUUUAGGAAAUCGCAUCACCUCGGCUUUAACAUGUGUAAGUGGUGUAUUGGAUCCUGUCAUGUACUUCUUUUUGGCUAGAAAUUACAGAGAGACCCUGCUGCAGCUUUGUGGUAGAAAUCACAAAGAUGAGCAAUCCACCACAUGAUCAGACAAGAAAUUCAACGACGACAUCUCAGCUUAUAAACUACCAGACAUACUGAAACUUAGUAUCUGUAUUAUAAGGUUUAGUGUGAAAGCAGAAGUGGGGUAUAGCUGAAUUCACACGGAUUCAUUCAGCAGGAACCAUGAUGUGCAAUUUGAUUUCUUCUAUUGACUAGUGUCUGUGUUUAUUUUACUUUUUUUAUUCUGUCGAAAUUUACCAAAUAUAUAUAUAUAUAUAUAUAUUUUUUUUUUGUAAAUACUGACAGUUGUUCAGAAUAUGAACAAAUAAAAUAUUCUUUCAAAAUCUAA